CUCUGCAUUGCUCAACAACUGCACUGUUAAAAGAGGCGAAGAUCCUUGACGUAUUUUCUUCAGGAUUUCCAAAAGGAUUUUAAAAUAACUCUGUCGUGUUGCUUUCUCGAAGAGAAAUAACUCACUAUGGAGAUACCUGUCAUAGAUUUCAGCGUGUACGAACUGGAAAAGACCAAUUUAUCAGUUGAUAACUUGGAGAAGUUAAGUGACGAACUAAGAAGCGCCUUUACCGAGGUGGGAUUUGUUUAUCUGAAAAACACGGGCAUCAGUCAGGACGAGUUGGACAAAGUUAUGGUUGUUUCAAAGAAGUUCUUCUGCUUGCCAGAAAGCAUGAAGAGAACUUUCAGCAGGGGCAGUUUCUCGUGUAAUGGAAACCACGGCUGGGUCUCGGUAGAAACGGAGAGUUUGAAUCCUCGACGUCCCGGUGAUCUGAAGGAGGCGUUUAAUACAGCAUCUUUGCGCUCGGAUAUUAGUUGGCCUUCAGAAGGAGUUGAGGACUUUCGAGAUGUGCAAGUAUCAUUUUUCCUGCGCUGCAAGGAGCUUUCUCUCAGAGUGCUCCGACUGAUGGCUCUUGGUUUGGGCCUGGAAUCAGAGGCCUUUCUCAGCGCACAUAAACACAUUGGAAGUGAUGUGAAUGGAACAACAUUACGGGCCCUGUACUAUCCUCCGGUGAACAGCAGAUGUGUGAAGGGAAAUCAGCUGCGCUGUGGUGAACACUCUGAUUAUGGGAGUAUCACUUUGGUCUUCCAAAGUCCAGAGGGUGGACUGCAGGUCCUGAACCGGGCUGGUGAGUACAUUUCAGCCCCCAGCAUUCCUGGAACAGUUCUGAUUAACAUAGCAGACCUGAUGCAAAGGUGGACUAGCGAUGUCUAUGUGUCUGCCGUUCAUAGGGUUUUGCUGCCCCCUGCAGGUGACUCUGCCACACGUCAGUCUUUGGCCUUCUUUGUACAACCAGAUGAUGAGGCCAUCAUUUCAUGCAGUGAUGGAUCAGAUAAAUAUCCUCCUGUUAAGUCAGUUGACUACCUUUUAUCAAGGUUCAAGGAUUCGUACAGCAAAAAAAUAGAUCCUAGUUAAAGUUGAAUGAUAUGAUUUUGUAUGUUUGGAAAAAACAAAAUUAAGUGAUAAUCAAUAGAGAACACAAUUGAAGCUUAGAUAAUUUAAUACAUUGUAGAGAAUUGUAUAGCACAGUCACUUAAUCCGAAAUUACAAAGGAUGCUCAAACAAUAAUAAUAAUAAUAAUAAUAAUAAUAAUAAUAAAAUCCAUACCUAUUAUGUUUAAUUAAAUUUCUAUAUAUUUUAUAAAUUUAUACAUUGUUUACAGUAGAACACUGGUUGAAAAACAUGAUACCAUAAUCAAUUAAAAUAAAACAGCUUGAAAAAAAAUCACUACGGUGCAGUAGUAAUUCAUCAACAUUUUCAGAAAUUCUAUUAAAAGAGCCUUGUAAAUUAAUCUAGGAUUGACUUUCAAGUGAAACUAAAGCAAAAAAAUAUAUUCUAUCCAAUAUUACUUUCAUCGGAAGUGACAUGCAAUAGUAAUGCUGAAUUGUGGGACAUUUAACUUAACAUGAAUCAAUCAAAUAAUAUAAAAUGUCUAAAUAUAAAGAGAAACGUUUCCUAUGAGGUUUAGCAAACAUGGCUAAGACAUUUACAAGAACAAUACAUUUAUUUUUGCUAAAUUCAAGUUUCAAGAACAAUCACUGUCAUCACAAACUAUCUGCACUUUUGAUAAGAGAAUGUGGACCGAAGUGUGACUGUCCACAGAGAAUUCUGUUAACCAUUUACAUACAUCAGCGACCCGUUUUGGGAUACCUAAAUUUAAUAUAUUUUUUGUGUGUUUGAGAAUACCACCACAGUGAUUUGUUUGAUGACUUCAAGGAAAGCCAAGGUCUUUGCUAAGUGACAGUAAAUGGUCCAUUUGAAUGUGAGGAUGGAAAUAUGACACUACAUACAACA